AUGGCGUUCUUUACGCAAAAAGUUUGGGUAGAAUGGAUAGAGCAAGCUUUAGCUAAUGGAGAAUAUAAUUACCAAGAAUAUAAAAGUCUUUUAGACAUCGAACAAAUCGGAUCAAGUAAAAUUUACAAAGCUCUCAUGAAAAAAGAUGACGUUGAAACCAUUGUAUCUAUGAAGUUCAUCGGAAAUAAAUUAUCCACAAGAGAAGUAGUAUCUGAGCUCAAAUUAUUAAGAAAGAUUCAUCUUUUUAAUAACGAAAAUAUUUCAAAAUUUUACGGCGUUACUAAAUCAGAAAACAGUGAUAAAAAAGUUUGUGAUCCAUUAAAAUAUAUGGUAAUACUGGAGUACGGUGAUGGGGGAACCUUGAGAGAAUACUUGAAAAAUAAUUCGGAAAAUUUACAUUGGAGCGUUAGAUUAAAAUGUGCAAAACAACUUUGUAACGGCGUCUCAUUUUUACAUGAAAAUAAUAUAAUCCAUAGAAACUUGAUGUCAGAAUCAUCAAAUGUAUCAGCAAAUUUACAAAAUUUUUUGGCUUACGUUGAUCCACAAUAUUUUAAUAUACCAAAUUAUAAGAGUAGCGGAGAUAAACAAGCAAUGUUAACAAAGAAAUCCGAUAUUUAUAGUUUGGGAGUUCUUUUGUGGGAAUUAACUUCUGGAUACCUACCAUUUAGCUUGGAAGAACAUUCAGAUUUACAAAAAGAGAUCAUGGAAGGACUUCGCGAGAAAGAUAUUGAUGGAAUCGAUAAAGAUUAUAUCGAAAUUUAUAAAAAAUGUUGGCAGUCUGAUCCCAAUGAUCGACCUGAGAUUCAAGAAGUUGUAUCAGCGAUUGAUAAAAUUGAUGGCGGUGUAGAUCCAUCAAUGGAACAGGAUGUUAAAACAACUAAACCAAGGAGAAGAUUUACGAUUACUUUAGAACCUCCUAUUCCCGCUCCACCUACUCCAACAGUUAUUAAACCAGUAAAAUCCUUCCCUGUAAUUAAUAAACCAAUGAAUAAUCCAGCACCACCACCAACUGCAUCACCAAAAGUCGCAAACAAAAAAUCAAAUGCUACAUUAAUGGUUCCUAAUACAAGAUCGAGGUCAAAAAGUCCAUCGAGAUCUCGUUCUAAAAGUCCAAUGGCAAGGAAUAAAAGUCCCGCACGUCCGGAAAUUAAAGUGAUUAAGGAAGAGGAAGAAGAUAGCACGACCACAAGCACAACAAAUAAAGUAGAAAGUCCUGUUAACAUUAAAUCCGAAAAUUCAUUGGUAUCAGCAAUCAUGAUAAAACCCGAGAAUUUAUCGAGAACCAAAAGUCCCACUUCUAGAUCAAAAUCUCCACUUAAAACUUUGACAAUAUCAGAAAGUCCGAGAUCAUUAAGUCCGGCGAGUUCAAUUGGCUCAUUGGAGGAACAACCAUCAAUUAGACGAUCAAGGCCUAAAAGCAAAAGUCCGUUGAGAAAAAGAUCACUUAGUCCAUUGGAAGAAGAUUCACCUAGACAAUCAAGACCCAAAACCAAAAGUCCGUUGAGAAUACUGACUAGGGCAAAAAGUCCCGAUUUUGCGUCAGCAAAACCAAGGCUUCCCAAAAGGUCGGCCUCCGUUUCAAUUCCAAAUGGAACCCCAAGAGUUCCUCGAAGAACUCAAACAAUGAUGCCAAAACCAUCGCCAAAAAUUAUAACGCCGCCUCGCUCUACAAGUCCUCCAAAGAAAAUUGCAUAUAAGCCGGCCCAACGUAGAUAUUCCACGAGUUUCAUAAAUUCUUCAAUGCAAAUCAAUGCUCAAAGUACCAUGGCAGGAUUAUGGUCAAAUACUGCUGAUCGAACUAGGGAGGAUCCAACAAAAAAGAUCGUAGAUGAAUUAUUAUCUUUGUUUUUGGAAACUUAUGAGAUUGACUCUGGACACGCUUUAUCAAAAGCUAUUCAAAAAUUUCUUGAAAAUCAAAAACAAACAAAAACCGAGAUAUUUGGUUGGCUUUUGAGAACGCAAUUAAGUUUACAAUAUAAAAUUCUUUUGGGAUAUUUUUAUUUGAAUGGUAUUGGGACGUCUAUCGAGAAUAGGAAAGCUUUUGUAUUAUUUUUGAGUGCGGCAAAGAAACAAUACGCUAUCGCUCAAGAUUUGUUGGGUUAUUGUUAUUUAAAUGGAAAAGGUACUGUGAAAGAUGAAACUUUGGCCUUCGAAUGGUAUCAAAAGGCUUCAGCUAAUGGAAGUGUUACAGCUUUUCAAAGUUUGGGAGAAUGUUAUCAUGAUGGUCGUGGCUCCAUAAAAAACAAAAGCAAAGCAUUGCAAUAUUUUAAAAUGGCAAGCGAUGGAGGUAACGUUUGUGGUAGGAAUAUGUUGGCUUUUUGUUAUGAAAUGGGACUGGGCGUUAGCUCUGAUCAUAAAAAGGCCUUUUCUUUAUAUAAACAAGCGGCUGAUGCUGGGUAUAAUUUGGCGAAGCAGAAUAUAGCCAAAUGCUAUCAAAAGGGGAUAGGGGUGGCAGUGGAUUCUGAAGCUGCCGUUUAUUGGUUAGAGAAAGCUAAUCAAGAAUAA